AUGGAUUACGGUCAUGUCAAACGCAACUUGCUGCCCGGCGAAAGUCUUCUUGCGGGCAGCAGCCAAGCAAACGAUCCCAUCGAGGACUACCUCUCAGAUGGGUUCAACCCUAUGAACCACUAUUUGGAAGCUUGGCUCGACCAGUUUCCGUAUUACUCCUGUGACAGAGUGCUGGAAAGCUGUAUCCGAAUGUUUGAUUCCGAUUGGAACUCGAAGAAAGAACAACCGAACUGGUGGCCAUUGGGCAUAAUAUAUAUGGCGAUUAAUAAGUUGCGCAAAGCAGGUACGCUAGAUCUUUCGGUAAAUGAAUACCAGCUGAUGGAAAACCAGAGAUAA